GAAUAUGCGGCGAUGCACUUGCGUGUGAAAGCGUCUGCAGCGGUCUCUAAACAGCUACUGAGAGAUUUCCCUUCGGACGAGAGAUUAGGAGGAGGAGGAGGAGGAGGAGCGACCAACAUCAGUAAGAAAAAAAAUAGAAGAAAAAAAAAAAAAGAACCGCUAUCUUUUGGUCCGUCGCGUCCGCUCGGUGGCAGCGGCCCGUCGAUCCUCGGAGGAAGCCGGGGGCUGGAUUUGACACAUCGCAGGGAUGCACUGACAGCUUGAUGAUGAAAGGAGGAAGAGGAGGAGAAAAGUGGAGCGAGCCCUUCCUGGUCCAGGAUAGGUUGUAAUUAGACCCUCAUAAAACCAGUGAGGUCAGGAGGUAAUGGCAGUGCUGACUGAGCUUCAUCACUACCCAUUACUACAGAUGGAUGCCCGCCUCCUGCACGCCUGAACCUGCACGUAGUGCUGCCUCCUUCCCCUCCUCUCCUUCUGCCUCUCCUUGCUCAUUUCAUACCUCCUCCUCCAUUUUCUUCCUCCUCAUCCAGCAGCCACUUGCUUUCCGCUCCUCGUUUCUCCUCCCGUCCCUCCAUCCGGUUUCCCCCCACCUGGAUUUUCACCUCCUCUCUACAGCCCUCUGCUUCACUAUGGCGAGCUGUGGCCGCUCUCUGGACUCCCCGUGCACUCUCGCGUUGCUGGUCGGCUUCCAGUUUGCCUUUGUGCUCUACUUCUCCCUUGGGGGCUUCAGGGGUCUCGUUUCUGUGCUGGUGCACACCACAGAGCCCGAGUUUGAUUACUCUCGACCUCAUGACGUCUACACCAAUCUGAGUCAUCUGGGAGCGCCGCCUCCCCCGCCUCGCAACUCUGGCACAGGACCCCCUGCCACAGGACCACCGUUGAGAGACUGUCAGAUCCCCUCCCCACUGCUGGUUGGACCCGUGUCCGUCCAUCUAUCCUCCCCUCUGUCUCUGGAGGAGAUCAGACAGAGGAACCCGUUAGUGUUGCCGGGGGGACGCUACAGGCCUCCAGACUGUGAACCCCGUCACCACACGGCAAUAGUGGUACCGUACCGGAACCGACAGACCCACCUCCGCGCCCUGCUUUACCACCUCCACCCCUUCCUGCAGAGACAGCAGAUCCACUACAGCAUCUACAUAGUACAGCAGUGGGGGAAUGGCACUUUCAACCGAGCCAAGCUGCUGAACGUCGGUGUGCGGGAGGCCCUCAGAGACGAAGACUGGAGCUGCAUCUUCCUGCACGACGUCGACCUGCUGCCUGAGAACGACCACAACACCUACACCUGCCACAAACAGUUCCCCACACACCUGUCUGUGGCCAUGGACAAGUUCAGAUACAGGCUGCCGUACCCGCAGUAUUUCGGUGGGGUGUCUGCAGUGACCCCAGACCAGUACAUGAAGAUGAAUGGCUUCCCUAACCAGUACUGGGGCUGGGGCGGAGAGGAUGAUGACAUUGCUGCCAGAGUGCGACUGUCUGGCAUGAAGAUCGUGCGCCCUCCAGUGGCCAUCGGCCAUUACAAGAUGAUCAAGCAUAAAGGAGACAGAGGCAACGAGCAAAAUCCACGAAGAUUUGACCUUCUCAAACGGACCAGACUCAACUGGCGCUCUGACGGCCUUAACUCCUUGACCUAUGAGCUGCUCUCCAAAGAGCUGGAGCCGCUCUACACCAACCUCACCGUCAACAUCGGAGAAGACCCUCGUCUGCCGCCGGGUAAAGUUCCCCCCAUUCCUGUGAAAGCGACAACCCCUGUCCACCAACGUAGCACCAGCAAGAACGGAGGUAUAGCCAGACAGGAAAAGAGGCAAGAGGGGGCUGUGGCAACAAAUAUGACUGUGGCCAAGCCGGUCAGAGAAAAGACAGAACAUGCUCAGUCAAAGAGAUCAAAUCAAACAACACAGGAGAAAACAGGAGUGAUGAAAUAAGGCGAGGUGUUUAUUCAAAAAGGGCUGCAUCACAUCUGUAGCAUAAAUUGGCUUCCACCUUCAUUUUGAUCUACAAGACAAAAAGGAGGAAAGCAACGGAGAUCUGUUCUGUUGUGGGACUUUAAAUACAGCAGCUUUUUGUGCUCAGUGCAGGUUUAGGGAUAGUUAUGCAAUGGAUCAAACCAAGAAGCCAGUUUUGUCUACAGGGGUGCACUCAGGAACAGUACUGAGUCACCCCUUGUGGUGACUGACGCGGUCACGCUCGUGACUAGACCGGAAGAACGGCGAGCGCCUCUGUUGCAUCAACGUAGAGGUCCAAAGCAAACUCGAUGAAAGUGAGACAGCGAAUCUAUAGACCUCUGCACACAGACAUCGCAAGUUGUAAGCAAACCAUCUGCUGCAAGCAGACCUGCAGCUUCAUCCAAUCUGCUCCUGAAAAACUGCUGCUGUCCGUCCACCCCACCCACACGGUGGGUUUGUGUUUCUGUGCCUUCUCUCUUUUAUGCGCAUUUUAUAGACUGAUAUAGUUGCUUUUAGACGCUGACCUGGGGUUAGUUUUACCUCUCCUGCUACGCGGGAAAAGUUAAAAUAAAACGCAGCGAGGAUAAAGCUGAUCCUGGAUCAGAACAAAUUUAUUUGUUCCAGGACUGCCAUUUUAUAUUUGUGUGCAUUGAUUAAUGAUUGACCAACUCCAUAGUUAUUGGACAAUUCUAGAGUUUAUAUUUCUAUAGAGAGACUUCUUUAUUUGUUUACGGUUUUGUUUUACUUGUCCUUCCUUACAGUCUGGUGCCUCUCUCUGACAUUUAGUUUAUAGACAAUCAAAUUAUAUGGGAAGAUAACUCUGUAUCCAACCACAUAACAACAAAAUGAGGAAAUAUUAUCAUGACUGUCUUUACGUCUGUCAGAUAAACAUAGACUUGGCAUGAUAGUUGUUGUCUAGUUUGACUAUACUCUCGAUACAUGGAUAGACCUGUGUUUCUGAUAUUAUCUGUGAUUUUAUUAUUUUUCUUUUAGAUUAGUCAGGUAUACGAGGGGAGGGGGGGCAAACUUACAGACAAUAUUGUAGGCACGCGACUGCACAUUUGCAGGUUUCAGAUUGUGUUUUAAUAUCUUAAGUGGUUCAUGGUGACAUUAAAGCACUGUGCAUAGUUUUAGGUCGGCUUCAAGGCCCGACAACAGUAUAUCGUGACAGACCUCAGUGCAUUUUAAAACUAGAAAUGAGCAUUUGCCUCUCUGUGUGACCUCUGCAUCGGCUACAGUGAGGCUUUUUGUGUCUUGAAAGGGAAGGAGACGAGGCGGCAGGAAGCAUGUGAUGGAGUGAAAUGUAAUAAUGCUGAGGGAUGCCAAAUCAGGACAUGCAUGUAGGUCAUUUUUGUUGAUCAGUUAUCAUCUAAUUUUUUUUUGAAAGUCAGCCAUUUUGAAUGUAUCCUUUCUAGUGUUCAUCCUAGUUUAGCUUUUGUGAUGGGAGAGUGUCGGGGGGACUUGAAUCUGAUCACUCGUAGUCGAUAGGAUUUCUUGCUGCUAUUUGACUAGGGCAACUGUACAACUAAACAUAGCUUCAAAGGACAUACUGUAACACUAAGUUUUAUGGUGUGGAGUUUUUUUUUUUAAUCAUACUAACAGGUAAUGUAUUGCUUAGGCUAAUUUGAAUGUAUUUAUUUAAUUUAUUUAUUUAUUGAGUCACUGAUAGAGCUAAAUGUACGGACUUCUGAACUUGUAGUGCAGACGUGUUUUCUUCUACAUUGUAGGCCAGACUAUUAUCCCUUUACACCCAUAUCUCCACAUUUCUUACGUUAACAUUGUGCCUCAUGGAAGAAAUCCACGUCGUUGACGGAGUGCCGCCGGGUUGUACGUGAGCACCCUCAAGUGGCACAGUCUGGCAUAGCGCCAGCCAAGAGGAACACCGAGGACUGAAUGAAACUGCAGUGUUGUGACAUGAAUGUUAAUCGUUAACGUUCGCCAUUCACAGGUUUCAGCCAAUCACAUCUUCGCAUUGCUCUGUGUGGAGGGUUUCUCAUCUGCGUAGUGUCACAUGAUUGAUCCUACCGGCUUAAAGGAGUCGAACAAAUUGACUGACUGAUAGAAACAAGAACUACAUGGUGUUUUCAUGGAUGGAUAUUGUUCUCUAGAAGGAAUAUAUGUUUAUUAUGAAAUGUUAUUUUAAACAAAGAGUGUUGGACAAACCCUGUCUUGACUGAAUACAUAGAGAGACAAUAAGGCCUAAUUUCUUAGCUUUAUACAACAUAAUUAUUUGAUUGCUUACAAAUAGAUAUUAUCCUCCAUUUAUCAUAUUGCCUGGGACAAAUCCUACAUGAUAUGAAGCAGUGACUCACUGAAAGCUUUUAAGGACAUUAUAUAAUCUCAGCAGAUUAAUCAGCAAACUGUGUGCUUACCUGGAGAUUGUUCUAUAUUUAAUAAAUAGGCUAGUUUUUAUAUUAAAAAAAAGGAUGAUUUUCGCAUAAGUGUUGGAAAUAUUGUAGUUGAAUGCCAAGUCAGUAAACAGGAUUGGGAUUUCAUGGUAAGAUUUUAUUUUAUUUUUUUUUAAAAUUAGAGUUUAUUUGAUCAUGAGAUUAUUCUGUCAUAAACAACACACUUUCGAGAAGUGUAAAUGUGACUGAUGGAAACCAUCCUGCUGGAGAGAUCGGAUGUUUAUGCAUUUAUGGCAAAUGAGAUAAUACAUGACAUCAUUUAUAAGGAUGGUGAUGCCUGUCAUCAUUUGAGGCUGCCUUAUUUACUGAUCUUAUUUUGAGGAUCAAAGAUUGAUUUUUUGUGAGUGUGUUUCAACAAAGUCAGUAAAAAAGGCAACAGAGACGGCGAAAUACGACGGACAGCAUUGUGACAGAAAGCAAAUAUGUAUACCAAUAAAAACACAUAAUCAAAA